CUGACCCUGUGUAAAGCGGCAAGUCGACGCAUCGAGAGGUUGUCGGCCCAAGUCGCUGAUGAUGCAAUCCAUUUCACAGCUGCACAUCAAGGGCACAAAGGGCACAAGUGGUGGUGAAGUCGGCCGACGAUUCCUCGUCCGCACCAGCGGCUGGGCGGGCAUCUCGUGACUGAGCAAACUCCGAUGAUCACGGCUUGGGAUGCCGAACAGCCCUCGUCUUUGUCGUGGGCCCGCUACUGCAGCGCUCGUCCGAAGACUUGGCAGCCAUGGACAAGUCCUACCGUCGACUGACCAACCGCAGACUCGUCCAGCAGCUUUACCCGGUCUGGAUGUUCUGACAUCGUACCCAUGGGGAACGGGCCAUGAGUGGUCCACUACUCAGGGAAAGAGUCGGUUUAGAUCAAUUAUUAAACAAGGGCGGCGCUGGGAUUGGGGUCCCCGCAGCUCCCCAGGUCCGUGGCAGACGUCGCUCGUAGGGAAAAGUUCCCAGGGCAGCUUCUCCCCGCGAAUAUAUCUGCUGGUCCCUCCCCAGACCUUCAACCGUCUCAGAUUGCCCUCGCAUUCCCACCGCGCCCCGUUUGCUGGCAUAGAAGCUUGCUUUGGAGUUUCGCCGUUUACUGUACAACUCCAACUACUGUUGAUUCGUAUCUAAUACCCCCCCACCCACAAAUCAACAAUGGCUUCCGCUCAGGAACAAGUCCACGU